UUUUUUUUUCAGUCCCUUUUUCUUUUGUAUAAAUAUUAAAGCGACCUUUUUCCCCCUCACGCUCGAUUUCCCGAAUUUUCGGUUUCUGUUGAUUUUACUUUUCAUCAGUCACUGAUCUAUAUCCCUUUGCUUUGUUUUUUCUUUCUACAACCUACCUACCUGUAUUCUUCAUCUGUUAUCACUUAUUCCUCGCGUUAUUCUAAUGGCUUUUGACGUACCCGAGACCAUUUUGUUACAAAUUUUAUCCUAUUUACCUCUCCCUCAGCGUUGGCAAGUGGGCAGAGUCAACCGCACUUGGCACCGAGUCAGUCUUGACCCUUAUCUGUAUCGUGACCUGCUAUUUGAAAAUUUAGAAUUUAAAGAGUUGCUAUGGGCCCUGCAACGGGUCAUUGACAUUGCUCCGCGGGUGCGUACCUUGACGAUCGACCGGUGUUAUUCCAAUUUUAUACAGAAUAUCGUGGUGCCUGUGCACUUUAGCAACGACGCUCCCAAGCGACCUCAAUUUUUUUCUCACAUUCGGACAUUGCAACCAGCUCGUCGUCGACAAGAAUACCUUAAACAUGGUUUUGAAUUGCACAACCAAUUCUCAGACGCUAUCAACCAGUUAUUGGAAAUGAACCAGAACACAUUGGUCUCGGCCAAAAUCCUCAACUGCGACUUGGACUUUGAAAUGACCGAACUGUUUUGUGCUAUUGCUUGCUUUGGUCAACAACUCACGACGUUUGAAUACGCAAACAAUGGCGACAAAGGAUUGCAUUCGUCCGGACUCUUGCAAGCUAUUGUCACAUCGUGUCCCAACAUGCGGCAUUUCCGCGGACUUCAUGCUGUAUCAAGUCCAGAGAUAUGUUGGACCAUACCGAACUGAUCAGCAACGGUCGCGAACUGCGAGGCGCUUCACCUACCGGCAAUAUCUCCAGUCGAGCUUUCUGGGAACUGCUUUCGAAAUGUCGCUGUCUUCAUACUCUGGAACUGCACGAUCUGGCAUGUGUCAGCAACCGCGAUCUUCUCAUGUACGAAUCCCUUCGAAAAG